CUCUCUCUCUCUCUCUCUCUCUCUUCUCUCUCUCUCUCUCUUCUUACUCCUCUUUCACUUAAGUGAGACAUCAUCAAAGAUCAUCAGUAUCAUUUUGGUCUUUCAUCAUUCUUCAGAUAGUAUUGUAAUAUGUGACAUUUUUGACAUUUUGGAAUGUGGUAACAGUCGAAAAACUGGCCAAAAACAGAGUAAUCGUCGAGCCAACCUCGACGAAAAAGAGGAGGAAGAAGAAACACAAUAAUGGGCAACGCCACUACAAAAGAUUAUUCUAGGAAUAUCUCCGUUGGCACCAGCUUGAAAAAAACGCGUUGGGAUGUUCCAGGUCUUCCGGCUCCACCAGGAAAACCUAUUUUAAUAUCGGGGAUGAAUGAAACGCAGCCAGAUAUUGUGGCAAUACGAUGGGAGAGAUCAUCAAGUAACGGUGGCUCGGCGAUCGUCGGAUACUUGGUUGAGCACCGAAGGCUGGGCUCUUCUCAUUGGGUACGAAGCACCUCCGGUCUUUGCGCUUUUCCAGAACUAACAUUGAGUGGUCUCGAACCAGGAUGGCGUUAUCAAUUUCGAGUCAGAGCACAAAAUGCACUCGGACUUUCACAGCCAAGCGAGAUUUCCGAACCACUCACAGUUACCUUACAAAGGGCCACCGUUGCUUGCGCUCCACACUUCGAUCUAGAGCUUAAAGAUAAGAUUGCGCUCGAGAACGAACAAGCCGAGUUUAUUGUACAAUUUUCUGGUACACCAUUGCCAAAAAUCUCGUGGUUUAAAGACGGUUUUGAGAUCUUUAGUAGUAGACGCACCAAAAUUGUUACCGAUAAUGGUAAGAGUACUCUUCUGAUUCAUCAGACUAUUCUUAAUGAUGAGGGUGAAAUAAAAUGUACCGCCACGAAUCGAGCAGGUCAUGUUGCUACAAGAGCUAAAUUAAUUCUGGAAGCACCUCCACGAAUACGACUGCCGCGUCAAUAUGAGGAUGGUUUACUUUUCGAACAAGACGAGACCAUUAGAUUAAAAGUAUCCUUAGCAGGUAAACCAACGCCUACUGUCACUUGGUUUCACGAUGGAGAACUAAUAUCUAAAGAUGUUAGACAUGUAUUUGAAGAAAUGGACGGUGAAUCGGUUCUAAAAAUACCAGAUGCGAAACGAAGUGAUCGAGGAGAAUAUACUAUUAAAGCAGCAAAUAAAUUGGGCGAAAAUACUGCAUCUUUCCUAGUUACUGUGACAGAUAGACCAGCUGCUCCUGGCAAAAUAGCUGUUGCAAUGACGCUAGGUAGAUCGGUAACGUUAUCGUGGAAAGAACCAGAAGAUGAUGGAGGAUGUAAAAUCGGAACUUAUAUUGUUGAAUACUACAGAAUUGGUUGGGAAGUCUGGCUUAAAGCAACUACGAGCAGACGUACCACAGUGACAUUAACAGAAUUAAUUGAAGGUUCCGAAUACAAAUUUCGCGUGAAGGCUGAGAAUCCUUACGGAGUCAGCGAUCCUAGUGAAGAAAGCGAUGUUAUCUUUAUUCCAGAUACUAAGAGAAGGGUUGUAACACCAUCUUUGACUGAAAAGUCACAAAGUAAUCGAGAGAUUCGCAGAUCUCGUGGCGAUAAACAAGAAGUGAGUUUCAAUAUGCCAGCGCAAAGAACUAGAAGUUUAACGAGAGAAGAAGCUAAAAUACGAGACAACGAAAACCAUCACUUUAAACGCGAUGAACGAUCAACUUCAAUGCAACGACUCGCAAUGCCAAUUUCUACAUUAGAUAAAUCAUCCAGAACAGAUAGUAGAGUGACAUUUGCACCAGAUACUGUGGAAAAAGAACAACCUCCAAUUCCUCCAGCUAGAUCAAAAGAGCACAAUUCCAUGAAGCAACAAAUUAUUCUUGGAAACCACACGAAUCAAUUAAAAAUUGCGGCAAAUGGGAAAGACAAGCAAAAUAUUAUAAAGGAAGAAAUAACAAUGACAUCAAAAACAACUGUGACAGCAACUGUACCAGUCUCUUCUUCAAUUAUCGAACAAAAUACUACAUCACAUUUUAUAACGAGAGAAAGAAGUCUCUCUCCACUUUGCGAGCCGAAAAUUCAAAAAUUCCGAAAAGAAGAGAGUACUACAGCAAACAAUUAUUUUUUACCAUCUUCGAAUUUAGCUCAGAAAAAACAGACUACCGUAAACGAAUUUAUAUUAUUACCAUCGAAUAAUUCACAAUCACAAAGAUUACAAGAGGAUGACGAACACGCAUUGCACGGCAGUACAGAAUUUAUGCUAGUUCUAUAUCCCGAAGAUGAAACACAAGAGAAAGACGAAAUCGACAUAGAGAAUUCUGCAAAAAAUCAAAUCAAAAACAGCAUAAGUACCAAACAGAAUGUGAUCAAGCUAAUAGAAGAUGAUAAUGAUCUUAUACCACCGCCGAUGUCAUUAUCUCUUCCAGAAUUAUUUAGUACGCAGCAUCAAAUAGUGGAAGUAAUGCGAGAAGCGGUUAGCUCUACCGAACUUCUUCAUGAACGAGCUAUGGAACGCUUUUACCGCGCUGUUGCUGCUGAAGAGGCAUCUGAAAUUGAUAAACAAAAAAUGCAAUCUGAAAGACAAAUCGAAUUAAUGUUAGAUAUCGAAUCUAUUCAGAAACCAUCAUUUCAAAGACACCUAUCUAAUUCCGGUAUUACUACGCACAAUUUAAUGGCUUCUUGGCAGGCCAAAAUAAAUCGUCGAAGAGCAAGUGAAGGACAAACGGAUAUAUCCUCGAAAACGUUAAAACUUCUUUCGCCAGUUUUGUUACCAGAUGUUGAAGCCAGAUCAGAUCCAAAUCUUCCCUCUGAAACGAUAAUGAUAGAUCCUUGGGAACAGAACAAUAAAGUUGAAUCCGUAGAACGUCUGCGUAGAUGGCAUGAAACAAAUGUACCAAUCCUAGAAAAGAUACAAGGAGAGAAAUCGAUACAAGCAAAUAAUGAAGAAAGCGAAAAGCUGAAUAUACCAUCUAUUAUGGUGAAUAAAGUAGAAUCUCAACCGAUUGCUCAAACAAAAACAGAAGAGGAGGAAAAUAGUAUUGAAACUUCUGAAGAAUCAUCAGAAGAAAUCAGUAGUGCAGAUAGCGAGGAUUUGAAAUUAUUAAAAUCAAGGAUCCUGGCGAGACAAAUUAUUGAUGAAGAAGAUACGUAUCAUCCUAGAGGAAAAUCAGUUCCACACGUCGAGCAAGAAUUCCCACAGAUUUCAUACGAUAGAUUACCAAUAUUUGAAACUUCUCCUCCACCUGUCAGAAUGGCUACUUUUGUCUCAUCCAAUAAUGUAAUGCCUAAAUCAAUUCUUAAAAAACCUAAAGAAGAAAUUAAUUUUGAAGAGCACAAUUUUGACAGAUCGAUUUCUCCAGAAACACCAAUUAGAAAAACAUUAUCACAAUUGUAUCAACAAGAAGAUCUAGAGAAAACGAAUAUGAAUAUUAAUGACAAAAUUUCGAAUUUCUCUAACCGAAUCUCCCUGUCCGAAGCUCUAAAGACUUCUACGAUGUCGGAAUCGGAUACGGAUAGUAUUAUAUCUGCGGCAGAAGCAGCAAAAAAUCGAAGAAUGCAAGCAAAACUGCGUUCCAUAACACCUGAAGAAGAGACAGAAAUAGAAGCUAGAAUGGCUGUUGUAAAUCAAUACACUGAAAUAGUUCGAGAAUACGCAAGUCAUUCACGACAUGGCAGUGCAGCUAGUUCUCGUAGGUCUUCCAUUUCUGAAGAUCAAGAUCAGAAGUAUCGAGUACAAGAAAAACUUGCUCCAAAAUUAACAGAUACGCAAGAGCAGGAAAAAACAAUAAAAUUAAAAGUUAAAAAUAAAAAUGAAAUCGACAAACAAAAGAAAAAUAAUGAAAUACCGAGUUCCAGGAGAGAAAGCGUUGAUUCCAGAGGUACAACUCCAGCGAGAGACACAAUGAUUGCAAAGGAGAAGUGCAGAAGUAGACCAAAUUCCAGGGACCAAUCUCCAGCUACAAGAAGAAAUGAAAGAUUAGGACGUGCUUCGAGAUCAUCUUCGAAAACUCGGAAUCGCACACCUUCUCAGGAAAGACAAAGUCGAUCUUUAACAAAAAAUGAUUUAAAUGAACAAGGCUCUCAUAUAUCUAAAAUAUCUUCUAGACCUUCCUCGCGCUCCUCAUCUAGAUCAAGUUCUAGAGAAAAAUUUAGAGCGACGGUGCCAGUAGAAUUAAAGGUUGAAAAAUUACAAAAAGCACUUGAGAGUAGCAAAUAUCGAACAAUGAGAAGAGAAAUCGAAAUAACCACAGAAAACGCCAGAGAAAGUAUUCCUGAUCAAAUAAAUGGAAAACAGUUAGCUCUAGAAGCUAAAAGAACAGUCAGAUCGACGGUGAGCUAUAUAACCGAUCUGACAUUGCUAAUAGCUGCAAUGUAUAUUUAUUUCUUUAAAAAGGAAACUUUAGCAGUCCCGUUCAUCGUGCUUCUCCUAUAUCGAAGAGUACAGGAAGAAAUACACGGAUGGAUACCACGUCGUUGGAGGUGGUCUAUCAAAAAAUACUAAUUGACCAGUGUCAACUAAGUUGUCAUAUAUAUAUUUCAUACAUCCCACUUAUUAAUUAAAAUAUUGUAAAUCAGAAAUUCUCAAAAUAUGGGUUAUUCAUUGAUGGAUCGCAAAUCGAUUUUUAAUAAUAAAUGUAGAGAAAAAAAUUUUAGCUAUAAUGUGACAGGAAUUAAAACCAAAUUUUUAAUCAGAAACAAAUUCCUAAACAAUUACUAUAUAUUAUUUAUACAUGAAAAUGAUUCGAUUCAAUACGUCAAAAAUAUUAAUAGAAAUAAAAAAUAAGAACAUUUUACAUUUCAUAUUUUAAAAAAUAAAUUUAUAAAAUUAUAGCCACAAUAAAAAUUAAAAAAUAGAA